GCUCCACGGCCUCGGGUGUGAGGGGCGGGCCCAGGCCUCGGCCCGCGCCGCCUCAUGUGACCCGGUCCGGCAUGGUGUCGCCUCCUCCCGGGGCGGCGGCUGUGGCGGCGGCUCGGGCUUGCGUCCGCGUCGGGCUGGCCCCGCGGCCGCUCAUGGGUAGCCAGGGCGGCGUGGGGCCCCCCGGGAACGGUGGGCCCGGCGAGGGCGAGAGUGGGGAGACGAGGAAACUGCAGGAGGAAGGGAGAGCCGCGAGAGGAAAGCGGAGGAAGGGGAAGGGGAAAGCGGGAGCAGGGCAAGGCGGAAAAGGAAGCGGGGCGGAAGGAAAGCCGGAGCCGCCACAGGGGAAGGAGGAAACGGGACUGGGGGCCGAGGCGGGACCGAGUGCAGGCCUAGGAAAGGCAGGAGAGAGAGGCGGAAGCGUGGAGGAAGGGGCGAGAAGGCUCGUCAGAGGAGAUGAGGGGAGCGCAGGGGCGCGAAAGGAGGCCAAAGGAAGGGAUGAGGGGAAGAAGGAGGAAUGGAGGGUCAGGACUGGGAGGCGGGAGGACGCCAGGCCGGCAAGAGCACAGGGACGAGGGGGUCAGGCUUGGGGCCGCCUCGCGGGGACACGGGCGGCCAUGGCGACAGCGGCUGAGGAGAAGGCGGCGGCGGCGGCGGCGGCCCGGGAGCCAGCCUGCCGCCCAGCCGCGGGGCCCGCACUCCUGCGCCUGCCGGAGGAGCUGCUGCUGCUCAUCUUUUCCUACCUGGACAUGCAGGCCCUCGGCCGCCUGGCUCAGGUGUGCCGCUGGCUGCGGCGCUUCACCAGCUGCGACCUGCUCUGGCGCCGGAUAGCCCGGGCCUCGCUCAACUCCGGCUUCACGCGGCUCGGCACCGACCUGAUGGCCAGUGUACCAGUAAAGGAACGAGUGAAGGUAUCUCAGAACUGGAGGUUGGGGCGCUGCCGAGAGGGGAUUCUGCUGAAGUGGAGAUGCAGUCAGAUGCCCUGGAUGCAGCUAGAGGGUGAUUCUCUGUACAUAUCCCAGGCUAAUUUCAUCUUGGCCUAUCAGUUCCGCCCAGAUGGUGCCAGCUUGAACCGGAGGCCCCUGGGAGUCUUUGCUGGACAUGAUGAGGAUGUUUGCCACUUCGUGCUGGCCAACUCGCAUAUUAUCAGUGCAGGGGGAGAUGGGAAGAUUGGUAUUCAUAAGAUUCAUAGCACCUUCACUGUCAAGUACUCGGCCCAUGAACAGGAAGUGAACUGUGUGGAUUGCAAAGGGGGCAUCAUUGUGAGUGGCUCCAGAGACAGGACAGCCAAGGUAUGGCCUUUGGCCUCAGGCCGGCUGGGGCAGUGCUUACACACCAUCCAGACCGAAGACCGAGUCUGGUCCAUUGCUAUCAGCCCAUUGCUCAGCUCCUUUGUGACAGGGACGGCUUGUUGUGGGCACUUCUCACCCUUAAGAAUCUGGGACCUCAACAGUGGGCAGCUGAUGACGCACCUGGGCAGUGACUUUCCCCCAGGGGCUGGGGUGCUGGACGUCAUGUAUGAGUCCCCGUCCACGCUCCUGUCCUGUGGCUACGACACGUAUGUCCGCUACUGGGACCUCCGAGCCAGUGCCCGGAAGUGUGUCAUGGAGUGGGAGGAGCCCCACGACAGCACCCUGUACUGCCUACAGACGGAUGGGAACCACCUGCUGGCCACUGGCUCCUCCUACUAUGGUGUUGUGCGACUGUGGGACCGCCGCCAAAGGGCCUGCCUCCAUGCCUUCCCGCUGACGUCGACACCCCUCAGCAGUCCUGUGUACUGUCUGCGCUUCACCACCAGACACCUCUAUGCUGCACUGUCCUACAACCUCCAUGUCCUGGACUUUCAAAACCCAUGACAAGGCCAACCUAGUCUGUGGGCCAGGGAAGCCAGCUACUCAGGGACUUCUCCUGCCUGGAGGGUUCAGUGAUACCUCCUCCCCGGCCUCCCUGUGUUCCUAGACCUGUGACCACGGUGCUCAGGCACCUAAGAUAAAGGCUGCUGACUCCUGGGCACUGGGGCUACCCAGGGGUGCAGUCUCUCCCAGGAAACAGUUGGAGAGAUGGGACCUACUGCUUCUCAGCUGAACUCAGCUGGGCCUUGCUUCCCUGUUGGCCAGAGCAAGAAUCUGGCCUGGAGAGGCCCACGCUUUCUUAGAGCCAGGCCAGCUCAGCACAAGUGUGAGGUGAGGUGCUCCAGGCUUCCCAGGUGGCCCCUUCCCUAGAAGGAGCGGGGAGGCUGCCAGUACCCUGUGGUAACAGCCUCCACAUCAGUCAAACCCCACCUUUGACCAAGGUCUUCGGCUGGAGUCCUACGGCCUGGUCUUGCUUUGAAACCAAGAAAGGACAAAGGCAAUCCCAAAAUUCUGAAUUCUGAGCCAGCCCAACCUCAGGCUAGCUGUUGAGACAUGUUACAAUGUACAUUUUUGUAAAAAUAAAGUUUGACUGUUCACC